AUGCGAGCAGGAGGAGUGAUGAUGGUGCGCCCCGUGCUGCUGGUACUUGCCCUGUGCUGCGCUUGUGUCUGUGUGACGGCUGCUGCGGAGCAGAAGGCGGGUGGUGAACAUUCUGUGACCACAGUUGCCCAGCAGAAAGCAAAUGAUGACACUGCGAUAAGAGCUCAAGAGGAGAGAGCCGAAACCAUUCGAAACGCCGAGGCCGCCCUCAAAAACGCUGUUGCGCUAGCUGAUGCAGCUGAAAAGGCACUGAGUUUAGCUGUUGCAGGUUUGAGUGACGCAAAAGUGGUGGAAGAGAGCGCUACAGAGGCAAGAAAACAUGCUGGAGGUGCGUCUUCUACUCUUAAGGCAGCUUAUGAUCUUCUGGUGAUAGAGCAUAAAAAAGAUGUUAGCACUACUCCUAACUACAGGGCAGAGGUGAUGAAAGCGAUUGCUAAGGCAAAGACUGCGAUGACUUCUGCUCAGGAUUUGAUGCGGAAGGCUGCCGAGGAAGAGGGCAGAGCCAAUGCGACGGCAGAGAAGGCGCUGGUUUUUGUGGAACAGGUACAGGAGGCGUUAUCAAAAGGAAAGAAGGCAGUUCAAGAAGCCUCUGUGGCUGCGCCUGGUUCUACAGCAGCCACGAAAGCUAAGGAGGCAGAGCAGGGGCUUACAGCAGCAGUUGAGAGUGCAGAGAAGGUUGCAGCGGAGGCAAGUAACCUUGCCAUGAAGGCCAAUGAGGUUUUUGCAAGGGCGGAUCAGGCAAUACAGCAUGCCAACAAGGCGGCCGUUGAAGUUGGAAAGUUGGCUGAGAAGAAUGGAAAGGUGGUCGAAGCAGCCAUGCAAACCAAUCCUCCCAGCCCUUUCCUCAUUUCUUUCUUUGCCAAAAUGGCCAAGGAGAAGUUGCUAAACGCAAUGGACGAUAUCUAUUUUGCUCAGGGUCUCGUGAACAUUAGCAAAGAUGCGGCUGCUGCAGUAGUGGUGGAGGCCCAACAGCUGGNUGCUAAACGCAAUGGACGAUAUCUAUUUUGCUCAGGGUCUCGUGAACAUUAG